AUUUAUAUUUAUAGCGAAUACAAACAUUGAAUAUUCAAUUCCAUUCACUUGAAUUUCGACGAACGUGGAUUUCUUCCAAGUUUUGAGUUUUCUUCGCGUCAAGAAUUUUUCAAAGGUUGAAAUCGUCGCUUCGAAGAAUAAAAAGAAUUGUCAACUGUUGAACGUGAGCUUUUUUUUAAGGUAUAAUUCGUUCAUAUGAAUGAGUAUGGCUCAUCGAGUUCUUCGAAGGUAUCCUAGAACGAUGGUGAACCGUUUCCAGGAGGUAGCACAGAAAUUUGAGUAUCUACUGGUGAUGGACUUUGAAGCUACGUGUGAUAAACAUGGAGAGUGUAAACCACAGGAAAUCAUAGAAUUCCCAUGUAUAGCAUUGUCCACCUGCGAUUGGAAGGCCAAGGAUACGUUUCACGCCUACAUCAAACCUAGAAUACAUCCUACGCUAACACAAUUCUGUACGGAAUUGACUGGAAUCAUGCAGGAGACUGUGGAUAAUCAGCCCUGUUUCCCGGAUGUAUUCUCGAAAUUCCACGAAUGGUUAAAGGAGGGAGGAUACUUCGACGAAGUCGAUAAAAGUUCAUUUGUAACGUGUGGUAAUUGGGACUUGAAAAUAAUGUUACCGAGUCAAUGUAAUUUGGACAACAUUACAUUACCCAACGAAUUCAAACAGUGGAUAGAAUUGAAGCACACGUUUUGCGAAUCUACCGGAUUUUAUCCGAGAAGCUUGAAAGACAUGCUUGUGCGAUUAAAUGUGCCAUUCCAAGGGCGUUUACAUUCGGGCAUUGACGAUGUGAAAAAUAUGGUUUCCAUAAUACAAGCUUUAAAAGAAAAAUAUAACACGCAAUUUAAAUUUACUUCGUCGUUGACAAGUUCCGCGCUAAGUUUUAACAAUCCUGAAAGGAGAACGAGAACAAUAUAAAAUAAUGACGCAUAGUUCGUUAAAAAUUGGUAUUACAUUGAUAAAAAAUAUCGCUCUUGUAUAUAAAAUUCAUUAAUUACAAUAAU